AUGGUUUGUGAGGUCGGCGCGGCGGUCAUGGACAUGAGCGGCGAGGGCGGCGGAGCGGGCGCGGGCGCCAGCGCGGGCUCGCUGCAGCAGCGCUGGUACGACGGCCGGGUGAACGGCAGCCCGGCGGCCGCGGACGUCUCCGAGGCGAAUGCCGACGGCUUCUUCCACUCGCCGCUGGAGGGCGGCCACCACAGCCGCGCCCGCUACUACCACCAGCAGAUGCACGCCCCCUACUCGACGGCGGUCGGCUCGCACGCAGUUAUGUGCGGUGGUUUAUGCGCGUCCGUCGACGAAUCGGAUUUUCGGGCUGCCCUUAAGCGUCUGCCGUUAUCGUGUAGUCGCCGAGCGGCUCCUUGUACGUACGAUUGCAUC